ACUCGUUUCGUGAAAAUUAAAUUCAAAAUCAAUUAAUUAAAUAACACUAAAACUUAGUUUAUCGAAGUGAUUACAGUAUUGAAAUAGAUAACCCAGAUCUAUGCCAAUAUUUUCCGAGUGUUUACAGUCAGGGAAGCUUUUAUAAGGAAUAAGUGUUAAUAUAAACAAAUCAUUACGUCGUUGUCGGACAAGCGAACUUGUACUUAGUACGUUUAGUAUUUUUUACACAGCCGGACUUGUGUAUAAUUAUUUUGCAUUAUAAAUUAUUUUGCAUUAGUUAGCAGUGCAGUCGUAUACAUAGAAUGGUUUUGUUCAAAUUUGUGUUCAGUGUUUUUGCUCUUUUAUUCCACGUUAAACAAGGCAGUAUGGUGGUCGUGUUGAAUGGCGUGCUCGCCGAUGAGUGUCCAACAUCCGUGCGAGCGUUGUUAGCAGCUCACCCCGGCUACAGAGAUGCUGCAGCUCAGUUGUUGGCGGCCGCAGCCCGCGUGGUUGCACCGCCAGGUCUUCUUUAUGUGGGACAGAGGGAGUUGGCAGCGGUUGUACCACAUGACAAAAACGUCACCAUUAUAGGCUCGGAUGAUGCAACAUCAUGUAUUAUUGUGGUCGUGAGGCAUUCAGGGUCUGGAGCUGUGGCAUUAGCUCAUUUAGAUGGGUCGGGAACGGCAGAGGCAGCAGCCGCAAUGGUUGCCAAAGUACAGCAACUGGCUGUGGGGUAUCCCGAAGGAAGGCUGGAAUUGCAGCUAAUUGGUGGCUUCACAGACCCUCAUAGAUAUUCUGACGAACUGUUUGCUAAUAUUAUGUUAUCAUUCCACCGCUUAACCGAAGAGAUCGAUCUGACCCUGGCCUGCUGCUGCGAGUUGAACACGGCCCUCGGCGGUGGGUCACCUUCUCCUCUGGUCACAGGAGUCGGAGUGGAUAUCAGAGCUGGUGACCUCUUCCCGGCCACUUUUCCCGAUAAGGGACCAGAAUUGCCCCUACGAUGUGCCAGGACCAUUACCGGGGGACCCAAUUCAUCACAAGUACUGGACAUAUACGACAACGCAGUGGGUAUGGUCCGUAUCGGUCCGUUCUCGUACGACCCUCUCAGGGGUGUGGACCUCUGGCUGGAACAGGCCGAUGACUUCAUUCUGCAUCACCUCAGCACCACGCCGAACGCGGAACCACCGCACUUCGUCCACAAUAUUCGCGUGACACUUAAGUUUAUUCAGCAGCAUCCGUUUCCAGCAGUCACGGUGUUCCCCGACAGUCGGCCUCACUACUACCGCCGUGAUGAGCAGACGGGAUGCUGGAUUCCUGUACGAUUUUAAAUGUAAAAACUGAAUACUAUCGAACUCUUAACCACACUUUGCGAUUGAUUUCCGCUUUUGACAUAU